AUGGUCAUCAGUUUAAUUUUCAGCAUCUUUUCCUUAGUUCAAGCUAAAAACCCAAUCACAGCUCCUGGGGACGUCAAUAUCACCAACUUAGUCGACUCUUACUCCAUAGAACUUCCAGACGGAUCCUCAUUCGCCUGCACAACCGCCGAAGCCGAUAGCUUUGUCUCAGAGUACGCUGAAGCCAACGAAAUCACUGCGAACACCUUAACAGUCGACAAAAUCAUUGCCUUAAAUACAGAAAUUUUAUUAUCAGGAAAAGUUAAAAUUAAUGGAGAAAUCACCUACACUACAAGUCUCCUGGAAACGAAGCGCGAGGAAUACUCCACUUUCCUAGACACUAAGCCUAUCGUUCAGUCAAAACUUAAAGGAGGAGAAGAUUUUUCGAGCUUUUUGGAAAUCAAGGUCCCACAGUGGGAAGAAAUUGGCAUUUUUGAUCAGUUGCCGAUUGAAAUGAGUGAAAUUAAGGAGCACAGCUAUAUACAAAUAACAACAAAUGUGCAUUUUGAGAGUAAACAAUGGGCCGGAGAGGGAUUAAUGAUGAAGGUAGAUGGAAGACUGGCCUGGAUGGACUCUCAUCAUUGGAGCAUGGGAGAUGGAGUCUGGACAAGCCCAAUCCGCGCUACAAUUAGACAUAGCAAGCCGCAGCUAAAAAUAGAAUUUGAAAUAGUGAAUUCAUCCGGAGUUGUUUCGAAAGAGCUGCCUAUUAUUGAUCACAUCACUGUCUAUGCUAAAUAA